AUGGCCGCUGCGAUCAAGGCAAUAAAUGCGAAGAUCCGUUCCAACAAGGUCCUGGAUUAUUUCUGCUCAACACGUACGUACACUCUGUGCGCUUCCACUUCCAUAUUCGUUGUCACCGAGAUCGGCUGGCAGCGAGAACUGCAAUGGUACAAAAACAAUGGGCGGAGUCACGGCGGUGCCGUCAAUAAUGAGUCGCUAGGGAAAGACAAAAGGCCCUGGUUGACUUAUUUCUGGGGCCCCGCGUCCAACUUCGGUAUCCCUAUUGCAGCUGUUAUGGACACGCAGAAGGAUCCUGAAAUUAUCUCUGGCCAGAUGACCGGUGCUCUGACCAUUUAUGCCGCGACAUUCAUGCGCUACUCUCUUGCCGUUACACCCAAGAACUACCUCCUUUUCGCCUGUCACACGACAAACUUAGGCGCCCAGCUUACUCAAGGAUACCGUUAUAUGAACUACUGGUACUGGGGAGGUCGUGAUGCUAAGCUCGCUGCUGAGGCCGCGCAAAAAGGCAAGGAGGCCACCGAGGCCACCGCAUAA